ACCUGUCAUAAUGCAAAACUUAUUUUUAUUUUAAGAUGAUGUAAGAUCAUAACCCUUUAAAUUUAUUUCUAGGCAUUAGAAGAGCCAACUAAGAAAGCAAGUGAGACUGAGCUCACCACUUUGGACACACAUUCAGAGAUGUGCUCCCCUGCCCAGCUCAGGCAGCAAACUGAAGAACUCUACACAACCAUUGAUCAAGUCUUACAGGAUCCAUUGCCUAUGCGCCGGUGUGAAUCUUCCCCAAGUUUCCUGCAGACACCCAUGGAUUCAGAUACAGGCAAAAUGUCUACAGUGCCGCAGAGAACAGCUGGAAGGGAAACCAAAUAUGCUAAUCUUUUCUUAUCAGCACCUGGAAUGACAGAGAGUCAACUGACAAAACCUGGUGUCAUUCGUCCAGCACCAGUGAAAACAAAAAUCUUGUUAAAAAAAGAGGAACCAUAUCAACCAAACCCUUUCAAAAAAUAUCUUGAAGAAAGCAGAGACCCAGAUAUUGAACAGGACACUGCUCCCCGCUACCUUCUGUAUCUGACUAAACCGAUCCCUCCAACUCAGUCCCCAUUACAUCCACAGUCUAUCUCCCGUGCUGACUCUCUAACCCCUGGACCCUUCAGUCAUUUGUCUUGCAUCCUAUGUGAUGUUCCUGAGAAUUCUUAUAGUCCUUACAGUCACAACAGUUUGUAUAAUAAGCCCAGUCAUCCUAUAGUGCCUAUUCCAGAAAAUGAAGCACUAAGCUCGAAGGAGCUUCAUUCUGCAACAACACAAAACAAAUCAAACCUGCCGCCUACCCAUGAAAGCAAAGAAACAAGCAAAGAAAAAAUUCCAGAGCCUGAAAGCACUCUCCACAGUGAGAGAUUCAUGCCUGCAGAAGAGCAGAGGGACACUGCUUAAGAGGUUUCCAAAAAGACAAUUUUGUGUCUCUGCCAGCUGUGACUAGGAUCAGAAGCUAAAACUGUAGUAUUUUGAAGCCUAUUCCAAAGCUGUGAUGAAAUCCAUGCCACAGAUGGAUAUAAAGGUUGCGUUUUAGAAUUGCUUUUAUAUAUAACUGCUAUGCAGCUAGUAGCAUUUGAAGCUAUAUUCAAGAGAUAAUCUGGAAUGUACUAGCAAAAAGAGCCCCAGAGAUCUAUAAAUGAAUAUGAGAGAUUUAUAUACAACCUCCUGAAGUGUUUGCUAUCAUUUUAAUGUACAGCACAAGGCACAUAGCACAUAUUCUUUAGAAACAGGUUGUAUUUUGAAAUUAAAUAAAGUUGGACUGUGCCUAUA